GGAUGAACUGUGUCCUUUUAAUUAGUCCGUUCGUUGUUAGCUAUGUUUGCCGUCAUCGAUCUCAUCGAAGCCAAAAAAACGUAAAGUGAUCCUCUUUCUCCGCUCUCCAGUCUCCGGCAUCGCCGCCCCUUCGGUUUCACAAGUGCGCGCACACACACUCUGUUGUAAGCUAUCUGCAGCCGCCAUGGCAACUCUUUCAAGUUCCUUGGUAUUAUCUAAGAACCCAUCAGUCCAUUCCUCACCCUCAUCAUCAGGUUCUUCUCUGAAGACAUUAGAGCAAUGUAUGGGAAGCACUGUUCCCACCAACUUGUCCUUUGGCCUGAGGCAUUCAAGGAAAUCAUCCAUAUCUAAAGGAGUGCUAACUGUUCGUGCAACCUAUAGUGAUGGAAGGUCAAGCACUGGGAAUCUCUUCCUUGGAGGCUUUAUUUUGGGAGGAUUAGUUAUUGGGACACUUGGUUGUGUAUAUGCACCUCAGAUCAGCAGUGCACUAGCUGGAACUGACAAAAAGGACCUGAUGAGAAAAUUGCCAAAAUUCAUAUAUGAUGAAGACAAAGCUUUGGAGAAACAGCGGAAGAAACUAUCAGAGAAGAUUGCACAGCUGAACUCUGCUAUAGAUGAUGUUUCAAAUCAGCUGCGAUCAGAAAAUACCCCAAAUGGAGCAGAUGUUAACUCGGACGAAGUUGAGGCACUUAUAUAAGAUUCUAUUGUCGUUCUGUUUUCUCAUGAAUUUUCGCUGUAUGUGAAAACACAAUAACUCGUAUGUAGAGUCUCAGGGCCGUCGUAUGAGAAAGUUGCUUACUGCAAUUUUGGUAAAUUUGCUCUUCUUUUGAGAGCUGGAUUUUGGAACAAUACUUGGAUUUUUUUGAUGUUCAUGGAAGACAGCUGGAUAACAAUGGUUGUGAAUUGUGAUCACUGAAGAAUGAUGGAUUCUCUAAGCUUUUGCUUGCGUCGGUAUCACAAGAAUGCAUAUUCUACCCGGAUUUAUUCUGUGUAGUGAUAAAUUAUGUAACCGACCCUGUUUGGUUGAGCAGGUGCUAUAUCUUAGCUCCGGAAUUCUUGUGUUGCUUGUGG